CCGGAGUGACGUCAUCGGCUGGGCAGCGUUUAGGCCGCUUGUUUUGUCGAGGCUGUUGACGAGCAAAAUUUGUUUAUCUUCAGUUGACGCGCGCCUGUCUGUGGGAAGAACGAGGCGUUCACAGGACGUAUAGAAUAUUUAGGUCGUUGUUCUAGUUCAUCAUCCGGCCCCCUCCCCCCCCCUCGGUAUCGGAGCGACGAAGCCCGGAGACGGCAAACAUGAAAUGGAUGUUCAAAGAGGACCAUUCCUUGGAACAUCGAUGCAUAGAGUCUGCCAAAAUCCGCAGCAAGUACCCUGACCGAGUCCCAGUGAUUGUGGAGAAGGUGUCUGGAUCACAGAUAGUGGACAUAGACAAGAGGAAGUACCUGGUUCCCUCGGACAUCACCGUGGCUCAGUUCAUGUGGAUCAUCAGGAAGCGGAUCCAGCUGCCCUCGGAGAAGGCCAUCUUCCUGUUUGUGGACAAGACCGUCCCUCAGUCCAGCAUCACCAUGGGGCAGCUCUACGACAAGGAGAAGGACGAGGACGGCUUUUUAUACGUAGCGUACAGCGGGGAGAACACCUUUGGUUGGUAGAAAGCCCUCAUCCUGGUUGACUCUACCUACAGAAUCACAUGACUCCCCAUUGGCCACGCCCACCUAUGUCUUCAUCACAACCCUCGCCCGCCCCUGGAGAAACUGUGGAGAUGAAGCCACGUAAAGAGAUAUGGAGGUGGACUGAGUGCUCACACAAGUGGAUGUGGAUCAUUGAGUGCACCGGUGUGUUUAUUUGGGCCCAUGCUGCAUCGUGUAGUGAUAGCUUACGUUAUGUAUAGGAUCAUUCUGUUUGUUUGAUGUCGUCACGAAUAGAGAAGAUUGGCUUAAGGGAGAAACGUGGAUUGGUUUUGUUUUUUUUUUUCUUCAGCAGUUAAAUAAUAUUUUGGGUUUAUACUCAGUUUUAUUUUAUUUUUUUUUGUGCUUUCAGUUGUACUUUCCUUUGAAGAUUAUAUUUAAAAGAUUUUAACUAUUUGAAGGUAAGGUAGCUGGAUAACCGAACCAAUAAAAAGAUGAUAAUCAA